AUGGAAAAUCAGAUUCCUCCAGAGAGGGUGGCACCGGUUCAACAUGGACGAGGCUCAAGAGCUUUUCGCCACUUCAAGAAUCCACCGCAACCUCACAUGUGUAUUCAAGAUACUAUAAAAGACACGACGGAAAAGUUAUACAUUAAUGUGUUGGGAUGGCAGAAAAUAGCUAAUCCGAAACAAUAUUUGGAUCCUAUACCUUUAUUUGGUGGCAUGCAGGUGCCGCAAGGGUGUGGCCCUAACAGUAACAAACCUCCAAUGCUAGUGUAUGCAGUCAUGGUGAACCCAGAUAUAUUGAAAUUCAAUGGGAAAAAUGCAAAUAAUCCUACUGAUCAAAAAGCUCUUGUGCGUCUUCUCUGUGACUUUGUUGAGGCCAUGAAUCCAGGAUUAUUUUUAACACGCAAUCCGGUUAUACUCAAGGAUAGAGAUUUAGCAGGUGAACUAAAAGAUGUAUGGCUCGCUGUUCAAAAUAAAAGGGAACGGGAUAAGAGUAUGAACCAAGAUAUAAUGUACAAGGUGUAUGACAUUGAUGGCAUUGGUGAAGAGAUCACUGAAGAUGAUAACAGCCAACGAGAGAGAAGUUCUAGUGAUGGUUCAGAUGCUGAAAAGAAACCUUUCAAAUCGUCCAAGCAAAUACUUUUGAAUGCUGGACAAAAAUCUGAGUUUGACUCUGGUAUGAAUAACUGCCAAAUCAAUCAGAAUCACGACAAUAAGACUGGAAAUAGUUCACCAGAUACCACAUACUGCACUCCGGUGUAUGGACAAAUUGUCUCAUCACGGGAGAAUCACAACCAAAUCAAUGAUAUGCAUCAGAAGUUUUCUCCAAGCGAAAUUAAACCUUCGAGUUCUUUUAGAAAAGACUGGAAUCCAGUGCACGGUAAAACAACCGAGGGAUGGGACGAAUUCUCUAAGCGCAACAUAUCCUCAAUAAAAAGCGAAGAUAAAAGGAAACGGAGUCCAAAAGUUAAAAUAAGUAACGGUAAACAGUCCCAUUACGAUUUCUUUCCUUACUUUGACAAUAAAGUGGUGAAAGAAACUGAAGACACACAUGAUGAUGAUAGUAUGAACAAAGAACAAGAGUUAAACGAUGAAAAUUCUAAAGUAAUUAUAGACCCAAUGCAGAAACUAGUUCUGCAUUCGACUGAUAAGAAUAUAUGUGAUAAUAACACGAGUGCUCUCAGCUCAAUAAGCUCAUAA